AUGGACCACCACCCCACCACCGCCGUCCAGCCCUCCCCCGCUCCCAACAUCUCCAACUCCAACUCCAACUCCACCCCCACCACCCCUUCCAACCCCGCAGCCCCCUCCUCCACCUCGACCAAACCUACCCACACCACUGCCCCCCAGCUCACCUCCAACAAUGCCCCCCUCGCCCUCGCACCCCCCCUCAUCAACCCCCCCUCCGGCGGCUCCCACAACCGCCCCCUAACCCCCACCUUCACCGUCGCCCCAGUCACGGGCACAAUGUCGCUCUCCCUCCCCCUCCCCGUCACGCCCGUUCCGCGUGCCACCCAAAUCUCACCCACCCUCUCCCUCGGCUACGAUUCCGGGAACGGCAACGGCGUGUUUGGCGUCGGAUGGCGGCUGGGCGGCGCAGGGGGCAGCAUCAGUCGGAAGGUGUCGAGGCGGGUUCCUACGUACAAUGACGCGGAGGAGGAUAGGGAUAGGGAGAAUGUAUUCCUCAUCAGCGACGCGGAGGACCUCGUCCCGCUGCUCGGCGGUGAUGUGGUGCGGCGUUGGCCAUGGCCACUGGCCGCAGGCGGGGAGGAUCGGGAGUACAAGGUUCGCCGAUUCCUGCCGAGGGUGGAGAGCGGGGGGGUGCGUAUCGAGCGGUGGACCGCCGCCCAGGAUGCUGGGGAUGUAUUCUGGCGGGUCAUCACUGCGGAUAAUGUCACCACCGUCUACGGCCUCAACGACAGUUCGCGGAUCUUCUGUGCAGAGGAGGAGGAGAAGGAGCAGAAGACCUCUGGUAAACAUAAACGCAUCUUCAAAUGGCUCGCCUGCUGGUCUGUGGAUGCUGCUGGAAACGCCGUGAGCUACACCUACAAGCCCGACGACACCUCCGGCCUCCGCGCCACCGCGCUGUCCGAGGCCGGCCGCUCAAAGGCCGCGCAGGGCCGGAACCGGUACCUGAAGAGCAUACACUACGGCAACCGCACGCCGUGGAGGCAUCUGGACACUUGGGAUAUAUCUCCCCCGGCACUCGACCAUGAUAGUGUUAACGACUGGAUGUUCCGCGUGGUCCUUGACUAUGGUGAGCAUGACGAUGAACUCCCGACUGAGGCGGAGGUCAAACCGUGGGGGCGCAGAUCGGAUCCUUUCUCGUCCUACACCAGCGGGUUCGAGAUUCGGACGUCGAGGUUGUGCCGUCGGGUUCUCAUGUUUCACUACAUGCCUGAGGUGUUUGGGAAGGAGGAGGGGGCGUCGGUGCUUGUGAAUUCAACUCAGGUCCAGUAUGAGGAGUCUGGUACUGCGUCGUUUGUUUCCGCAGUUACCCACUCCGCCAAUACCGCUGGCAUCGUUGAGUCCCUCCCGCCCUAUACUUUUACCUACACGACCCCCUCCCCGCCCUCCUCUCUCCGUCUCCGCACAGCCGACACCUCCGCCCUCCUCUCCCUCCCCGGCUCCACCAACUCCACCGCCACAAGAACCCAAUGGCUCGACCUCGACAGCGACGGCGUCCCCGGCCUCCUCAUCUCCUCCUCCUCCUCCUCCUCCUCCCCCUCCUCCUCCUCGUCCUUGUCUUCCUCCCCCGCAUCAGAGGCCUGGCUCUAUCACCGCAACCUCAGUCCCGCAUCCUCCAACGGCCUUCCGACCUUUUCCCCCCCACGCCUCCUCACCCUCCACCCCGCCCCCGGCUGCGGCCCCACCCACUUCUUCGAGGACCUCGACGGCAACGGCCAUCUCGACGCCGUCUUCACCUCGUCCUCCGGCCUCAUCACCGGCUUCUCCGAGCGCCGCACCACAAUCGACUCCUGGGACGACUUCACAACCUUCCUCUCCAUCAUCAACCUCGACAACCGUGGAUCCCCCGACGCAAUCCGCCGCAUCGACCUCACCGGCAACGGGCUCUCGGACAUCCUCCUGCCGGCAGACGAAGUCACGGACGAGCUAAUCUGGCACGAGUCUCUCGCCAAAGCCGGCUUCGGCCCGCAGCGCCGAACAAAGCGCGCGGGAACAGGUACAGGGGGGCCGAGAUUCCCGCCGGCCGGCGAUAUCGCGGGCACGGCUGUGUUCCUGGCGGAUAUGUCGGGCGACGGCCUCGCGGAUGUCGUCCAUGUCUCGUGCGCGCGCGUGGCGUAUUGGCCGAACCUGGGCCAUGGCCGCUUCGGCGAUGAGGUGGUGAUGGAUAACGCGCCGGUGCUCGACGGCUACGGACAGUUCUCGACAGAGAGGGUUAGGAUGGCGGAUAUCGAUGGGACGGGUACCGCGGACCUGAUAUAUCUGCCCGCCCCUGGCGGGGUGAAGGUAUAUCGUAACCUUGCGGGCAACGGGUGGUCGGACGGCGAAACGAUCGACUGCUUCCCCAAGAUCGAUGACCUCUCCUCCGUCUUUACCCUUGACCUGCUCGGCCAGGGCACCUCCUGUCUGUGCUGGACCGGCCCGGACGUCCUCCUCGCCGCGGAGGGGGGUGGUGUGGCGCUCCGCUACCUCGACCUUAUGGGCGGGCAGAAACCGCACCUGCUCAAGACGUACACCAACGGCCUGGGCGCCAGCGUCGACAUCACAUACCGCCCCUCCACCUGGUACCACCAAACCGACGAGCAGGCGGGCAAGCCGUGGAAGACCCGUCUCCCUUUCCCCGUCCACUGCGUCAGCCAGUUGAAAAAGACAGACGAGAUCGCAAUGACAGCUACGACAACGAGAUAUGCAUACCACCACGGCUUCUACGACGGCGUGGAGCGCGAGUUUCGCGGAUUCGGAAUGGUGGAGCAGUUUGACUCGGACGAGUUCACCACCUCCGCCAACGCCGAGCGGCCGUUUAGACGCCCGACGGUCCAUACAAAGUCCUGGUUCCACGCCGGCGCCGUGGACGGUGAUGGCGCGGUCCCAGACGGUCCUAGCUUUGCGUCCCACCCGCCGCGCCUGCAACCCUCCUGCCUGCCCGCAUCAGUCACGCCCGACGAGCGCCGCGAGGUCUUCCGCGCGCUGAAGGGCUCGCUGCUGCGGCAGGAGAUCUAUAGCGAUGAUGGCACCGCCCGCGAAGCACUACCAUACGUUAUUACUGAGUGCCGCCAGACCGUGCACCGCACGCGCUCGCCGACCGCAGCGACCCGCGGCGUGUACAGAGUCACGCCGCUGGAGACGUUGGCGACGCAUUAUGAGCGCCGCGGCGGGGCGACACUAGACGAUGAUCCGAGGGUGGUGCAUGGGAUUACGUUGGAGGUUAAUGAGUUUGGCGACGUGGUCAAGUCGGCGUCGGUCGUUUAUGGCCGCCGCCGCCGCGCGGGGGGGAAUGCGGAGGUUGAUAUGCUCCCCGCUGAGGUGAGGGAGAUGCAGGAGACGGCGGUAAUGAGCUAUUCGCAGAUUCAGUAUACAAACAAGUUCGACAAGCCCGAUCUCUUCCGAAAGCCCUCGGUCGCCGCAAGUCAGCAGUACCGCAUUCGUGGCUUCAAGACCGCCGCCGUAGGCGUAGAGCAGCUGCUCCGAGUUGAAGAGCUUACGCGAGACGACUUCUCCUUCUUCCGCACCGCCGCCAACGUCCCCCCCGAGCAGGCAAACGUCCCCGCUACAUCCCCGCCCACAACAGCCGCGCAGAAGAUCCUCACCGCCGAAUCCAGAACCUACUACCGCAGCAGUGACCUCCUCUACACACUCCCCCUCGGCGACCUCGAGCCCUUCUCCAUCAUGGACCAAGCCUUCACCCUCUGCACCACCAGCUCCCUCCUCACCUCCAUCUACGGCGACGGCGCAGCGGACACCCUUCGGGGCCUCCCAACACCGGAGCUGAUGUCUCUCGCCGGCCUUGUCGCCCUCGACUCUGACAGCACUAGAUGGUGGGUCCCUUCCUCGCGCUCCCUCUUCGCAGACGAACCCGCGAUGGAGCUCCACCGUGCCCGCAGCGCCUUCUACACGCCCACCAUCGCCGUCGAUGCGUUCGGGAAGCGCACCUACACCGUCCUCGACGGCCUCAACCUCCUCCCCGUCAAGUGCACCGACGCACUGGGCAACACCACCACCGCCGUCCACGACUACCGACGCCUAGCGCCCCGGCAGGUCACGGAUGCAAAUGGUAAUAGGGUCCAGAUCGCCAUGGAUGGGUUCGGGAAUGUCGUCGGGAUGGCAAGGAUGGGCAAGGAAGGAGAAGCGGUUGGUGAUUCGCUUGAUGGCUUUCAACCGUGCCCCACGCAGGAGCAACUUGAUGCCUUUCUGGCUGAUCCCGCGGGUCCAUUGGCCGUGGAGCUGCUGGGUGCUGCAGGUUCAAGAACGAUCUUUGACCGCUCGCGAUUCCACCGCUCCAAGGCCGCCAGCAGCAGCGGCGGCGGCGUCCUCCCCUCUUUCGCGGCCGAAAUCACCCGCGACGUCCACCACCACAACAACGACAGCAGCGACGAGCCCACAAAGCUCCUCAUCAAGAUCCACUACCUCGACGGCCUCGGCAUCCCCCUCCAAUCCGUCACACUCAUGUCCCGCGCCCCCGACAACGACAACCGCCCCCUCUGGCUCCUCAGCGGCUGGGAGAUCCGCGACGACAAGGGCCGCCCCGUGCGGCGCUUCCAGCCCACACAGUCCCCCUCCCACCACUUCCGCUCCCAGAACGAGAGCGCGGAUGUGGCGGCCACGACGCUGCUGUAUGAUGCUGUGGACCGCGUGGUGGGUACGUUGAACCCGGACCGUACGUGGAAUAAGGUUGUGCAUGGGCCGUGGGUGCAGAGGAUGUAUGAUGAGGGGGAUACGGUGCUGUGUGAGGACCCCGCGGGGGAUGUGGAUAUCGGCGGGUUUGUGAAGAGUCUUGAUAGGGCGUUGGUUGUGCCGUCGUGGCAUGGGAAGCGGCAGUCCGCUGCCGUGGGUGGUGGUGGGAAGUGGGAGAGGGAUGCGGCGAGUAAGGCGGCCAUCUACCAUGACACGCCGACAGUGGUGCAUCUCGACGUCCUUGGCCGCCCGAUCCUUACAAUCCGCGAUAAUGGAUCCGCCGGGAAGGUCUCGGAGCACUGCGACUACGACCUCGCGGGAAACAUGGCCGCCAACAUCGACGCUCUUGGCCGGGUUGUGGAGCGUAGGCGGUUUGAUCUCCUUGGGCGGCCGGUGCACUCUGCAAACAUGGACUCUGGAGAGAGGUGGGCGUUCCUCGACUGUUAUGGGAAUCCACUGUUGGAAUGGAAUAGCCGUGGCGUGCGGAGAAGAACUACCUAUGAUGCUCUCCGCAGGGAGAAGGAGAGCUGGGUCAUUGAUGCCGCCGAGAACAGCAGCAACACCACUCAGGAACUCCUUGUCAGGCGCACGGUCUACGGAGAAGAAUUGGAAGACGAGGGCCAUGCCCUCUCCCACAACCUGAAGGGAAGGCCAGUUCGAACGUACGACCAGUCGGGCCUACGGACCAAUAUCAGCUUCGACUUCAAGGGAAACUGCACCCGCUCUUCCGCCCAGACGGCCGUCGAGUAUAAAACCACGCUGAAUUGGAAUAAUCCUCUCGAGGUCGCCCUCCAUCUCGACAUCUACACCUCCACCGUCCACUUUGACGCCCUCGACCACCCCGUGCGGUCCACAGACCACAACGGCGCAAUCACAAAGCGCACCUUCGGCCUCAUGGGCGAGCUCCAAUCCGUGCACUGGCGCUCCGCCACCGACCCCGGCUUCACCGCCUACAUCACCUCCAUCACCUACGACCCCAACGGGCAGCCGCUCCGCAUCGCAUACGGAAACGCCUGCUCCUCCACCUUCACAUACGACCGCUGCACCCAGCUCCUCACGCGGAAGCGGACAGUCCGGGAGUCAUCCGGCGGCGACGCCGUCCUGGAGGAUAUCACAUACACCCACGACUGUCUCGGCCGAAUUACGCACACGGUCGACAGCGCACACCAGGCCGUCUUCUUCCGCAACUGCAGGAUCGACCCUGCGUGCGACUACACGUACGACGCCCUCGGCCGCCUCGUCGCCGCCACUGGCCGCGAGCAGCUCGACUGCGCCGAUGGCGGCGACGGCGGACGGCGAUUCAGAGCCCCGCAGCCACUAUCGCCCUCGGCGAUCAGCACGCUCCCUGCGGACGCUACGAAGUUGUGUGAGUAUGUCGAGACCUACCAAUAUGACCCUGCCGGAAACAUGCUCAAGAUGACGCAUUCGGCGGCCAACGACCCCCUGGUGUCGGGCUGGACCCGAAGGUUCGUCUACGAUGAGCCGAGCCUCCUCCUCGGCGGCGGCGGCGGCGAAUACCGCGGAAACCGCCUAUCAAGGACUGAGCUCGGAAGGUUUGCGGAGAACUAUGCGUAUGGCGCCUCUGGGUGUGUCACUGCAAUGCCCGGUUUCUCUGAGAUGGGCUGGGACUAUAAUGAGCGGCUGAGGUCGUCGGCGACGCAGGUGGUCAGGAAGGGGGAGGGGAAGACGCCAGAGACGACGUGGUAUGUUUAUAGCAGCGACGGUGUGCGGGUCCGGAAGGUUACUGAGAGUGCGGGAAAAGACGGUGAGGCGCCGAGGAGGAUGAAGGAGACGUUGUAUUUUCCGCUGGGCGAGAUAUUUAGGACUUUUGGCAGCGACGGGGUGACGGUCAAGUCGGAGAUGAUUACGAGUGAGGUCGUUGGGACAAAACGGAUCGCUCUCGUCGAGUCUAUCACUAUCCCCUCCGGAUCCUCCUCUGCCCGCAGUACCUCCGGCGGCGGUGGCGGCGGCGGUGACAAUGAUCCCGACACUCCCCCACCCGACACCUUGAUCCGCCGCCUCACCACCGCCCCAAGCAAGUACCGCUACCGCCGCUACCCACACGACACCGAGACCGGCCUGCUGUACUGCAGUGCGCGGUACUACAUGCCCUGGCUCGGGCGGUGGCUCUCGCCUGACCCCAUCGGCAUCCUCGACGGCCUCAACACGUAUCUAUAUGUCAACGACGACCCCGUCAAUUACUUUGACCCGAGUGGGACCUACAGGGACAGUGAUGACGAGUCGGACGACUUCAUCGACUCGGACGACGAGGGCCAGCACGGGGAUAGCGAGCAGGAGGAUCAGGAGCCGGCAUGGGACACGGCGCAAGGGCUCUGGAAUGCGCUGGGUAAUGGGUACCCAGACGGUAUGCAGUUUAAUAAUCUCGGUACUCUGCUUGAUGCCCCGAUACCAGGUGAGGAGAAUGAGGUGGAUUUGGACGCUGAUAUUCGCUCAAUGGCGACGCUGGAUGAGGAGCCGGAGCCGGUGGAGGAGGAGGAAGAGAUUGUGGGAUUGGGGUUAAGGGGCCCAUUACCGGAAACUGAAUUCACUGCCGAACAGCGCGAGGCUCUCGACCGAAUUUUACUAAACCUUGGCUUGGACCUCGCAACGCCCGACCAAGGGAACCAGAAUUACGAUGAGAACAAUAUCUUCAACAGCGAGGACAACAAUAACUUCCUCGAGGCGAACAUGGCCGAGAGUAACCUCUUCAACAACCAGGGCAGCUAUUUAUUCGCCAUGAACAACCCAAUCAACAACCAGGGUAACGGGUACAGCCCGGAAAACGGGAACUUCCUACCACAGCUCGACUGGAAUCUCAUGGGGAGCCCGGGGGAUGAAGCGCAAAAUGACGAGGAUCAAGCUAAUGGAGAUCAUUUUGGCUUUGGAGGUCAGAAUUAUCAUUGGCAUUACUGA